AUGCUGUGCAGUCACAUGAAGUGCACAAGCCCGCUUGCCGACCGGUACAGCAUGGGCUUGCAUUCUUCUGGCUUAGUUACGCUUCGAAGACAGCCCCGAGAGUCAUAUGAACAGGCUUCACCUACAAAAAGCCUGCUGACGACUGGGCUUUCGGGACCGAUGUCUUGUCUGGUGGUCAAUGAAGCGGAAAGCGCUUUCAGACAACUUCUGACAGCCACCGGAGGCUCACUUGGCAACAUCGAGAUGUGGCCGCCUCAGCAAGGUCUUGAGGCAGCCUUCGAGCAUUAUAGACGAAAUGCUGACUUUGUGUCAAAAAAGCGAUUUGACUCUGUCGACACAAUUUGCCAGUUCUCCAUUCUUGAGCUACAAGAAAGAAAAGAAAGUAACGAAAUUUGGAGCACAGGCUCAGCAUCACAUGAACUUUGUUAUGCUCCAUUUCGAGUUCUUCCUCCGCUGGAGUAUUCAAAACGAUUCACAAUGCUUACAAUUAAUUGUUGGUACACAAUCAUUCUCAAAGUCUACUCUAUGCAGCAGGGUUCAAGAUGUCUGCUCAAAACUUUCGUGUCUUUCAGCCUCACUCCUGUAGUGAAAAGUUAG